AUGCAUCUCCCGCUGCUCCUGUCAGGAGCUGUCUUGAGCUUCAUCGCUCCGACCCUCGCCGUGCCUGUCCAGGACAGUCCUCGCCAGCGCCUCCUCGACGGCAAGGGUCUUCCUACAAAGUACCGCAGUGGUUCGCCUCCCUACACUCCUGGCUACAAGGACAAGUACGAUAGUCCCAUCGACUCCAUUGGCGACGAGCUCGAUCCCUUGCCAUAUCGCAAUGGCCUAGGAGCCUCUGUUCUCGGUCCUUGGAACGAGGCUCGAUCCAGACAGAACCCGGAUCUCGUUCGACCUCCAGGCACUGAUCACGGCAAUCUUGCCAACAUGCGUUGGAGUUUUGCUGAUUCUCACAUUCGCAUCGAGGAGGGUGGUUGGACUAGACAAACCACGAUUCGCGAGCUUCCUACUAGUAUCGAGCUGGCCGGUGUUAACAUGCGCCUAGACGAGGGGGUCGUUCGCGAACUCCACUGGCACAAGGAAGCUGAAUGGGCAUAUGUCCUUGAUGGCAGCUGCCGUAUCACCGCCAUUGACUACGAGGGAGGCAACUUUAUCGAUGACGUCCAAAAAGGCGAUCUCUGGUACUUCCCCUCCGGUGUUCCUCACUCCCUUCAAGGUCUCGGCGAGAACGGAACCGAGUUUCUCUUAAUCUUCGACGACGGACACUUUUCUGAGGAGUCUACUUUCAUCCUUACGGACUGGCUUGCACACACACCCAAGUCUGUCAUCUCAAAGAACUUCAAGCUGGCUCCCGAGGUCUUUGCAAACAUCCCCGAGGGAGAGAAGUACAUCUUCCAAGGAACGACACCCGGCUCCAUCAGCCACGAGGCCCCUGACGGAAAAGGCGUCAAGAAAUCAAAGCACCAGUUCACGCACAAGAUGCUCGCACAGGAACCCAAGAAGACCUCUGGCGGCGAAGUCAGAGUAACCGACUCCAAGAACUUCCCCAUCUCAAAGACCAUUGCUGCUGCCCACGCCAUCAUCGAGCCCGGCGCCCUUCGUGAGAUGCACUGGCACCCCAACGCCGACGAGUGGUCCUUCUUCAUCAAGGGUCGCGCCAGAGUCACGAUUUUCGCCUCAGAAGGGAACGCCAGGACAUUCGACUACGUGCCAGGCGACGUUGGCAUCGUCCCGAAGAACAUGGGUCAUUUUGUGGAGAACAUUGGCGACGAACCCCUCGAGAUGCUCGAAAUCUUCCGCGCCGACGAAUUCAGAGACUUCUCCCUGUUCCAGUGGAUGGGCGAGACGCCCAAGAAGCUGGUCGUCGACCACCUCUUCGCCAACGAUCCCGAUGCUGGAGAGAAAUUCUGGGACAAGGUCAAGAGCGCCGAGAAGGAUGAGAUCACCAAGGACACUAGCGUCGAUGCCGAGGAUGUUCAGACCGAGACGGAGGAACUCUGA